CGUGGCGGCGGGGAGCGGCGCGGCGGGGAGCGGCCCGGCCCGCUGGAAGAUGGCGGUGCGGAAGAAGGACGGCGGCCCCAACGUCAAGUACUACGAGGCCUCGGACACCGUCAGCCAGUUCGACAACGUCCGCCUGUGGCUCGGCAAGAACUACAAGAAGUACAUCCAGGCCGAGCCCCCCACCAACAAGUCGCUGUCGAGCCUGGUGGUGCAGCUGCUGCAGUUCCAGGAGGAGGUGUUCGGGAAGCACGUCAGCAACGCGCCCCUCACCAAGCUGCCGAUCAAAUGCUUCUUGGAUUUCAAGGCGGGGGGAGCCCUGUGCCACAUCCUGGCAGCCGCUUAUAAGUUCAAGAGCGACCAAGGAUGGCGGCGUUUCGAUUUCCAGAAUCCCUCGCGGAUGGAUCGCAACGUGGAGAUGUUCAUGACCAUCGAGAAAUCCCUGGUGCAGAACAACUGCCUGGCCCGGCCCAACAUCUUCCUGCACCAGGAGAUUGAACCCAAGCUGCUGAGCAAGCUGAAGGACAUUGUCAAGAGGCACCAGGGCACGGUGACCGAGGACAAGAGCAAUGCGUCCCACGUCGUCUGCCCUGUCCCCGGGAACCUGGAGGAAGAGGAGUGGGUCCGGCCGGUCAUGAAGCGAGACAAGCAGGUCCUGCUGCACUGGGGCUACUACCCCGACAGCUACGACACCUGGAUCCCGGCCAACGAGAUCGAGGCCUCCGUGGAGGACGCCCCGACGCCGGAGAAGCCCCGGAAGGUCCAUGCCAAGUGGAUCCUGGACACGGACACCUUCAACGAGUGGAUGAACGAGGAGGACUACGAGGUGACCGACGAGAAGAGCCCCCUCGCCCGCAGGAAGAAGAUCUCAGCCAAGACACUGACGGAUGAGGUGAACAGCCCCGACUCGGACCGUCGGGACAAGAAGGGGGGCAACUACAAGAAGAGGAAGCGCUCGCCCUCACCCUCACCCACGCCAGAGGCCAAAAAGAAGAACGCUAAGAAGGGACCCUCCACCCCCUACAACAAGUCCAAGCGCGGGCACCGCGAGGAGGAGCAGGAGGACCUGACGAAGGACAUGGACGAGCCCUCGCCCGUCCCCAACGUGGAGGAGGUCACUCUGCCCAAAACAGUCAACACCAAGAAGGACUCGGAGUCUGCGCCCGUCAAGGGAGGCACCAUGACAGACCUGGAUGAGCAGGAGGACGAGAGCAUGGAGACAGCCGGCAAGGACGAGGAGGAGAACGGCACCGGGAGCAAGGGGGAGCAGGCCAAGAACCCCGACCUGCACGAGGACAACGUGACGGAGCAGACCCACCACAUCAUCAUCCCCAGCUACGCCGCCUGGUUCGACUACAACAGCGUCCACGCCAUCGAGCGCCGAGCCCUGCCCGAGUUCUUCAACGGCAAGAACAAGUCCAAGACCCCCGAAAUAUACCUGGCCUACCGCAACUUCAUGAUCGACACGUACCGCCUGAACCCGCAGGAGUACCUCACCUCCACCGCCUGCCGCCGCAACCUGGCGGGCGACGUCUGUGCCAUCAUGCGGGUCCACGCGUUCCUGGAGCAGUGGGGCCUCAUCAACUACCAGGUGGACGCCGAGAGCCGGCCCACCCCCAUGGGCCCCCCGCCCACCUCCCACUUCCACGUCCUGGCCGACACGCCCUCGGGGCUGGUGCCGCUGCAGCCCAAGACGCCCCAGCAGACCUCGGCCUCACAGCAGAUGCUGAACUUCCCCGACAAGAGCAAGGAGAAGCCGGCCGACAUGCAGAACUUCGGCCUCCGCACCGACAUGUACACCAAGAAGAAUGUCCCCUCCAAGAGCAAAGCUGCUGCCAGCGCCACACGGGAGUGGACAGAGCAGGAGACGCUGCUGCUGCUGGAGGCCCUGGAGAUGUACAAGGAUGACUGGAACAAGGUGUCGGAGCACGUGGGCAGCCGGACGCAGGACGAGUGCAUCCUGCACUUCCUGCGGCUGCCCAUCGAGGACCCCUACCUGGAGGACUCGGAGGCGUCCCUGGGGCCCCUGGCCUACCAGCCCAUCCCCUUCAGCCAGUCCGGCAACCCCGUCAUGAGCACCGUCGCCUUCCUGGCCUCCGUCGUCGACCCCCGUGUCGCCUCCGCCGCCGCCAAGUCAGCGCUGGAGGAGUUCUCCAAGAUGAAGGAGGAGGUGCCCACGGCGCUGGUGGAGGCGCACGUCCGCAAGGUGGAGGAGGCGGCCAAGGUGACGGGCAAAGCCGACCCCGCGUUCGGGCUGGAGAGCAGCGGCAUCGCCGGCACCACCUCCGACGAGCCGGAGCGGAUAGAGGAGAGCGGCACGGAGGAGGCGCGGGCAGAGGCGCAGCCGGUGGAGGAGAAGAAGGAGGCGAAGGAGCCCCGGGAUGGCACCGCCGAGGAGGAGGUGAAGGAGAAACUGGGGGACAUGGCCAAGAAGGAGGAGGAGAAGGGCAAGGAGCUGGAGGGUGAGAAGGAGUCGGACAAGGGCGACAGCGACGGCACAGGGGACCUGGAGAAGGAGAAGGAGGCGAAGGAGGCACAGGACGAGGUGCCCAAGGAGCCACUGGAGCCCGAGGCCGAGCGUAAGGCGAAGGUGGAGCGGGACAUCGGCGAGGGGAACCUCUCCACCGCCGCCGCCGCUGCGCUGGCUGCAGCUGCUGUGAAGGCCAAGCACCUGGCGGCCGUGGAGGAGCGUAAGAUCAAGUCGCUGGUGGCGCUGCUGGUGGAGACGCAGAUGAAGAAGCUGGAGAUCAAGCUGCGGCACUUUGAGGAGCUCGAGACCAUCAUGGACCGGGAGCGUGAGGCGCUGGAAUACCAGCGGCAGCAGCUGCUGGCGGACCGCCAGGCCUUCCACAUGGAGCAGCUGAAGUACGCGGAGAUGCGCGCCCGCCAGCAGCACUUCCAGCACCUGCAGCAGCAGCAGCAGCAGCAACCGCCCCCGCUGCCGCCUGGGGCCCAGCCCCUGCCCGCCACCGGCACCCCCCUGGCCCCCGCCGCCCACCCGCUGGGCGCGCCGCCCGCCCCAGCCAUGGUGGCCCCCGCCGAGCCCGGGGGGCAGCCGCUGCCCGGGGUCCCCCCGCCGCAGCCGCCCCCGCCACCGGGCGCCCCGCAGCCUGGCCCGGCCAUCCCGCACGCCCCGGCGCCGUUCCCCGGGCAGCAGCCGCCGUCCCAGAGCCUGGCUGGGAGCCUCGGUGGCAGCGGCCACCCUGCCGUGCCCGAUCAAGGCCCCCCCCUGCAGACGGACCCCAUCGCGCCCAGCCCCAGCACGGCCACCCCCGUCCCCCCCACGCAGUGAGCCCCCCCCCCCGGGGCCGAGGACGCUGCACCCUGCGCCCCCCCCUGCCACAGGCCCGGGGAGACCGGCCCCUCCCGCCCCCGCAAAACCCCAGAGGAAGCCCCCCCCCACCUCACCGCCCGCUUUGGUAUUUUUUUAUGAUGAUUGUCCCGGAUUUUAUUUAAGUGUUGGUCUCCCCGGGCGGGCCGGGGACCCUGCUGCACCCCGGCUAUUUAUGAGACAGCUCCAAUCCGACUUGGCAACUGGGCAUUCCCCCCCCCAGCUCCUUUUCUGUUUUUGUCCCCCCCCCCCCAACCCUCUCUACUCCCCCAAUUUCCCUCUCUCCCCACCCCCUUUUUUUUUAAA